CUCUCCGCCAUGGAUCGUCAGAGGCAGAUUUGGCAAUGGCUGCUUCUCAAGUUGUGUUUGGUCAGUUUGUUGAAAGAGGACAACAACCAGACCAAGGGCGAAAGAGGCACGCAUCAACAUCAACCAAUCGAUGACAAGCUCGAAAGAGAGGCUGACAAUCUACCCACCAUAGUUGACAUCAAGAAAGUGAUUCCCAGACACUGUUUCGAACCCAAAGUCUCGACCUCCAUGUCUUACGUGGCCUUGGACGCCACAGCUAUCGUGGUGCUGUACGUAGUUUUUGAGUGGGUCAGGAGUUCUUUCCCUUGGUACACCGUCUGCCUGAUCGCCCCAUUAUUCUGGCUCCUCCAAGGCACCCUUUUCACGGCCAUCUUCGUCCUCGGACAUGAUUGUGGUCACGGGUCCUUUUCCAAGAGUGACGUGUUUAAUGACGUCAUGGGGACAAUUCUUCGCACCUUCUUAAUGGUCCCGUACUACUGUUGGAAGAUAUCUCACCGUAAUCACCACAAACACACCGGCAACAUUGACAAGGACGAAGUAUUUUAUCCAACGAGAAAAAAGGAUAGCCCGGUGACGAGAACUGGCUUCGGCUUGGGUAUCGGAUGGUAUGCCUAUUUAGCGAUGGGAUACGGCUCAAGGCCCGUGUACCAUUACAACUUUCUCCACCGUGCCUUUUCGCGUCACGUCUUGGCCUGCGCGGUAUCUGUGUCGUCUUUGGCGGUGUGGGUGGCCAUCUUGUAUCACUACACGGUGUACUUCGGCUGGGGUUCCCUAAUGAUCCACUACGUGAUCCCGGCCUUCGUCUUCGCUAGCUGGGGGGUCGUCUUCACUUUUCUCCACCACACGGACGAAAAUGUCCCUUGGUUCUCCGAUCAGAAAUGGAACUUUGUCCUUGGUCAUUUGUCUUCCAUCGACAGGGAAUACGGAUGGGCUCAUCGACUAACCCAUGAUAUAGGCACCCAUCAAAUCCAUCGUCUGUUUACCAAAGUGCCUCACUAUCAUCUACAGGAAGCUACGAGAGCAUUUCGACGACAUUUUCCGCAUCUGGUUCGAUACAGUCGAGCCCCAAUAAUACCAACGUUCAUAAAAAUGUUCCGGAAGUACGUUCAACAGCACGUAAUAGCGGACGACGCUGACUUUCACACUUACAAAUAA